GCUCCGCCCCCGCUUCCUCCCGCCCGCCCUCGCGCCCCGCUUUCGCCGUGGCUGCAACGUCUGAACCGUUGCCGACCCGUGCAUUGGCCUUCCGAAGCAGGUUCCCGGGCAGAGCCUGACCCGGGUUAGCCCGAGUCCGCCGCAUCUAAGGAUUUGCAAAGCCCGGUUUCUGCAAUCCGGCGGCCCCCGGCUCGGCUCCGCCCGCAAGGGCCAUGGCCGAAGUGCACGUCAUUGGCCAGCUCGUGGGAGGCAGUGGAUUCCCCAGCAGUUCCCUCUUUUGCAAAUGGGGGAUCCACACAGGUGGAGCCUGGAAACUGCUGUCGGGUCUUCGGGAAGGGCAGACGCAGGUUGACCAUCCCCAGUUAGGGGACGUGGCUUACUGGUGCCACCCCAUCGAUGUCCACUUUGCCACCAAAGGCUUGCAAGGUUGGCCCAAACUCUACGUCCAGGUGUGGCACCAGGAUGCUUUUGGGCGCAUCGACCUCUGCGCCUACGGCUUCUGCCACGUGCCCUCCAGCCCCGGCUUCCACGAGCUGCAGUGCGUCACCUGGCGCCCGCUGGGCUCUUGGCAGGAGCAGCUGUCCCAGUGUUUUGUGGGAGGGGGCCCCCAGCUCGUCAACAACGACUUGAUCUACAUGGGGGGCGACCGCUACCGCCUGCGGACCUGCGCCAUGGGCACCGUGCACCUCCAGCUGGCCGUCCUGCUCCGUAACUUUGACCGCUAUGGGGUGGAAUGCUGAGCACCAGGGGCUGAGCCCCUCGGCUCGGAGGAGGAUGGGUCCGUGAAUUCCCAAACGUCAGGAAUGGAGAAGACUUGGGGCAAAAGGGAGGCUGUCCUCCCCCACCUGCUCUGGGAAGGAAGAUCCCCCCAGCUCUGCUUGGACUGCGAGAACCACAAGCCGUAAUCUGAACUUUGAUCUCCGUCUUUGCGACCCAAACUGGGAUUCGUCUUGUUCGGCCCCAGACUUGUUUUCUCGCUUCUGAUUUCUCUUCCUAGUGGCAGUUUGGUGCUUCUUUCGGUGGUGGUGCUUCUUUCAAUCCUGUCUGGUUCAAUUUUCUUGAGCAGAGUUUGCCCGGCUCCAUCCAAGCAGAAAGCCUCCCUCAAUCUGGCUCAAUCUGGGCCCUUCUUCUCUGCAAGAUGUUUGGGGUUCUGUUUUAUCAAGGAAAAAAAACAACUAUUAUCUAAUUCA